AUGUCAGCUUCGAGUGAGCGUCGUGAAAUUGUUAUCGUCGGCGGUGGUAUCAUUGGAUGCUGUUCGGCAUAUUAUCUGACAAGACACCCAUCAUAUGAUCCAUCGCGCCAUAAAGUGACUCUGAUCGAGGCGACAGAAAUUGCGGGAGGAGCAUCAGGCAAAGCUGGGGGACUUCUGGCGCUAUGGGCAUACCCAAGCAGUAUUGUUCCUCUGAGCUACAAGCUGCAUGCGGAUCUGGCAGAGGAACACAACGGUAAAGAGAGAUGGGGUUAUAGAGAAGUUGGCUGUGGACAGAUUGUUGUGAGAGGCCGUCCACUUAAUGGAAAGAAGGAUGCCGGCGAGAAGGACACGGGAAGCUCGUUAUCCCUUCAAAAGCGGAGUGAAGCUGCUAUUGCGAGACUAAGGAAAGCCAAAUUUCCGCAUGACCUCGAUUGGAUUGACCCCCAACUGAUCAGAGGCUAUGAGAGCAUGAGUGACCCUGGCGAAACCGCCCAAGUCCACCCUUACCUGUUCACCACAUCAAUCGCAAAACUUGCCGAGGAGAAAGGCGCAGAGAUCAAGUUGGGAUCAGUGACAAGCAUUGGCUACGCAGGUGAUGCUGUGGAGUCAGUUACAUACGAUGAUAAGGAGUCCGGAGAGUCGCGCACAAUUUCGGCGACGGACGUCAUUAUUGCCGCUGGUCCCUGGACACGAACUGUCAUGCCGGAUGCUCCCAUAUCGGCAAUGCGCGCUCACAGUGUUGUCAUCCGACCAACCAAGCCGGUGAGCGCUCAUACUCUAUUUACGAACAUUGAAAUACCCGCCAACUUCAAUCCAUCGAAACCCUCACGCCCCACAGUCGUGUCCCCUGAGAUCUACGCUCGCCCCGACGAGACGGUAUAUGCUUGUGGCGAGGGUGACCAGGUUGUCCCGCUUCCAAAGACUACAGCAGAUGUUGAAGUGGACCAGACACGGUGCCAGGACAUUAUCGACCAGGUGGGAAGCAUAUCCGAUCAGCUUCGGGACGGACAGGUUUGCGCACGGCAAGCUUGCUACUUGCCCAACGUCACUGCCGUACGAGGUGGUCCCUUGAUCGGCCACACUGGCACCAAAGGGCUCUACCUUGCCGCUGGACACACCUGCUGGGGUAUCCAAAACGCACCCGGGACCGGAAAGCUUAUCAGCGAAUUUGUUUUUGAUGGCGAUGCAAAGAGCGCCAAGAUCGGGUCUCUAGAUCCGAGGAACUUUCUUUGA